AUUCGAGUCUUCGAGAANAGUCUUCGAGAAGUGAAGAUCCAAGAAGGCCGAAAGCCCACUUCUCUUUCAAGUCUAAACCGUCCGUCGCCGACUCGCCAGCCGCGGUUGAAAUUUGGGUUUUUUGCUUCAGGUGUAGAAGUGCUUGAGGAUGAAUAACAAUACUGCUGGACCUUCCUCCAAAUCAAGAGCGGGAGCGUCUCAACCUUCUGAAAGCUCAUUUAAGCGCAAACGUGGAAUGUUUCAGAAAGAUUUGCAGCAUAUGAUGUAUGGUUUCGGCGACAAUCAAAAUCCACUUCCAGAGACCGUGGCACUUGUGGAGGAUAUUGUGGUUGAGUAUGUAACAGAUUUGGUCCAUAAAGCUCAGGAUACUGCAUCUAAAAGAGGAAAGCUUUUGACCGAGGAUUUUCUCUUCUUAAUUCGCAAGGAUGUGCCGAAACUUAAUCGAUGCACGGAAUUGUUGUCCAUGAAUGAAGAACUGAAACAAGCUAGAAAAGCUUUUGAGGUAGAUGAAGAGAAACUUGCUACAAUUGACUGAUAGCCUAAUGUGCACUUCAACAAAGAUUCAAGCGUUUGUAAUUCUAUUAUCAAUUAAGAUUAUAUUGAAUCUCUAUGUUAAUUCACAAGCAUACAGGCUAGAACAUCGCUUGCUAUGGUAUUCUUGGCGCUAUUUUUGAACAUUUUUGCUAGGAAAAUUGAAUAAAUAUAAGGUUAUUAUAAAUAUUUGGGAUUUUUAUUAA